AUGCCUACAAACACCCGGUCAUACCUCCGCGUCGUCGACUUCCACGCCGACCGCAUACCACACGCAUCUCAAGAUGACAAAAUAUUCUUGAUUAGACUCACGUCCAAUGGAGAGGUGAAUGACUUCAUCGAAAGGCAACCAAAGGCUAUAAAACAAGACUACAACGAGCUCUGCAAAGCCAUCCUAGCAGAAUACUCUGACUACGGCGCCUCCGGGACCCUCACGGCAGCCAUGGCAGUCAAACAAGCUCACAGCGAGCUUGCGGAAUGCUACUACCACAGGUUGAGACAGGCCUACUUCGGCAACCGAAACUACAAAGGGAUGGAGGAAGAUACAAAUUUCAGGGCCCUGUACCUCCAAAACCUCCACCCCAACCUUAGCCAACUACUGGGCGUGCGAAGCCGCAAACCCAACCUACGGUGUACAGCGUGGAAAACCACAUGGAACUCGAGGGCGCACCAACGGCCCAAAAACACAAAUGGGAAACUGACCGCGGACCCCAAAGGAAUAACCAGAGACACGCGGACCCGAAGAACGGACAGCCACGCGACCAGAAACUCCCGCAAUAUGGCGAGAGACGCGCCGGCCAGGCGGACGGGGAAGACCGUGCGCCACAACGGUCCCGCUACAACCAUAAAUAAGAGCAACCUUUCCAGAGAGGAACAAUCCCUCCUCCGCACGCUCCUGCGCAAAGCCAGAGAGAAGAAGACAGACAACGCCGACGUGUUCGCAGUGUCCGUGUCGGAUGACGCCGGGGACGCUCCCUACCAGAUGGACGACGACCUCAGCGAACAGGAGCCGGAUGACGACUACUCCAACGCACAAACUGUGGACAUCCGCUACGACCAGAGGGAUGUCAUGGUAAUACAGGUAAACUCCAUCACAGACCCACGAGGGGAUGGCCCUCGACAACCAACUGCGAACCACCAUUCCACCAAUUCAUUGGCGAUCUACAACAAAAAGGUACCUACGGGAAACUACUUGCCCGUGACGCUUGAAGACCAAUGGGAACACGAUGCGCUCGUAGACACAGCUGCCGAUAUCAGCCUGAUUGGCGACGAUCUCUUCGGUAAGUUACAGUCCCUGGCCAGUAAAUCCCACAGAGACCUAAAAACACAGCCGUGCGACUUAGAAAUACGACCCUAUUCCCAGGAAGACACGACCAUACGUAAAAUGGCUCUAAUGCGACUGACCGUGGGCCCCAUGACGCUGGUCCACCCGGUCUACAUCUGCCCAUUCAACGCGCAUCCGCUCCUACUGGGCCAGGACCUUCUAAAUCGGUUUAAGCCUCUAAUAGACUUCCAACGUCUGAAGAUCUGGGCACAGGUCCGGGAGCCCUUGCCCAUUCCGCGCCCGUUGGGCAAGAACCACCGCUACUUCAUAGACGCGCCGCCCGCGAACGGCCCACAGCCCGCUGCGGCACAAACCGAAACCGGUCAAGGGACGCCCACAACCUGCGCGAACGCCGCGCCUACGCGCACGGCCCCCGACCUCGACAGGUUGAUGAACGACAUGAAGGGAAUGAGAAUGUGGAAAAAGUUGUGA